AGUACCUACGAUUUCAAGCUGGUCUUAUACAUCGGCGGGAGAAUCACUGCGCGUUUUGUGGGAGGCAGUGAAAUGUACGAGUUAUGACAGUAAGCACGCAGUAAAGUACCAUUAUGAAAUACCGGGUACUGUAUUCGGAGAUUCAACGUAUGACACAGAAGUUGUUUUUGACAGCAAGGAAUUGGAUCCAUGCACUUUUUACACAUUUAAUGUCCAUGCAUCGUUAGCGGAGGUGACUGGACCAAACAGUUCGAUCAAUUUCGUAACGAAGCCAAUGGCACCUACAAUUUUAAACGGGUCACAUACAUUGGAGGGAGAUUCAGUGAGGGUUUCUUGGCAUCCAAUUCAAUGUUCGAGUUAUGAGAGUCACAACAGGGUGACGUACUAUUAUGAAGUACCGGGGACUAUACUCUGGACUGCAACAUAUGAAACGAAUGUUGAUUUCGACAAUGUGUUUGAUCCAUGCACUUUUUACACAUUUAAUAUUUAUGCAUCAUUUGCGGAAGUUAAUGGGACAAACAGUUCGAUCAAUUUCACAACUAAGCCACUGGCACCGUCGAUUGAAUCGGUUAUCUGGAAUGCGUCAUCUAUUUACGUAAAUUGGUCGAUGGUCCAAGAUUGCACUAUAUCUCAAUACCGUGUGGUACUCAGCUAUGAGAAUGAAACUGUGGUUGCAAAGAAACAUACAGAGCAAACGUUUGUUCAAUUUGAUGAAAUUUCUAUAAAUCUAUCUUAUACAGUAAAGAUUGCUGCAAGUACAGGAAAUGGAUUUGGAAAUUAUUCUGGAAUUCUCUCUGUACCGCAACGACCGGUUCAUAGGAGUAAACCCGUCCCAGGUAGUACACCCGCCCCAGGUAGUACACCCACCCCAGGUAGUACACCCGCCCCAGGUAGUACACCCGCAACAGGAAUAGUCGGCGGUGACAUAAUCGCAAUUGUUGUUGGCAGUGCAUUAGUGAUAAUCCUUGUAAUAUCCACCAUACGAAUCAUAAGAUCCAGGAACCGAAGUAAGGACGGUAACGCAGGGCCAACUAUGCUUCUUGAUUUACAAUCAAGUUCGGACAGCAAAGAUGAUUAUUCAAUGAGCAAUUCGACGACACACGACACAUUUACAGAAACUAAUUCGUCAUCAUAUAAAUAAUGACAUUGAUAAUAGCAAAAGAAGAUGAAUGGUAUAUAAGGCAGAAAAGUACAUUUUGCUUUUUCCGUCGGCUUUCAAGAACUCUUUCUUCCUAAGACAUGUCGUAAAUUUGUUGAUUGUUAUUAAAUUAGAGAAAUAAUGGGGGCUCUAAUUGGGGCACGAAGGUAAAGUAAAGUGGUAGGGAUAGAUGAUAGGGACCCUAGCUGGCAAAAUAAGGUGGUUUGAUGUGAAUUUAAAGUUUAGGUACUUAUUCUGUAAGUCUGAACGAAGACUCUGCAUUAUUAUUAUUAUUAUUAUUAUUAUUAUUAUUAUUAUUAUUAUUAUUAUUAUUAUUAUUAUUAUUAUUAUUACGUCAUAAAUAAUAUUAUACUUUCAAUCAAAUAUUUUACAGUAUUAUCCUUAUUUACAAAUUUCAUUUUCUAUCGGUUCUUUGGAAUAUAUAUAGAAAACAAUUGUAUUGAAAUGAAAAUUAUACGUAUUUUAUGUGCAACGUAUAUAUUGUAACAAUAUAUCCAGAUUAUUCUUUUCCACUUUAAUUGUAAAUUUUAUUAUGUAUGUAUGUAUUUAUAUAGAGUUUAUUUUAUUUAUGACAAUGUAAAAGGUAGUACGACACCUCUUUAUUUAAAAAUAAGAUAGUACGAGUAUAAUUAUUGAUUUUCUUACAUUAUAUAAGAAAGUUUUGUUUGAAUUUAAGUACAUUAUGAUACCGUUAAAUCUCGAAUUGAAGCCCUGCCCCAGGAUUUAUCAAUCUCACUUUAGCAAUGUCUUAAGUCUAAAUGUCCUUAAGCAAAUAUCUAAAGGUGAUUUAGCAAAUCAUCUUAUCAAAAUAAUCUUAGCUUAAAACCGUCUUAUGUGUACAGUCGAAUUUUUAAUUUUAAGCAUUUAAGCAAUUUUAAGCUAAGCAAUAUUGACAAAUCUGACUUAAGCAAAAAAAAAAAAAAAAA